AUGGGUGCCGCGUGGCAUGUUUCCUCAAUCUUAAUCUUGCGUCAGCACUUUUCAUCAGAACUGUCCAGAACCAGACGCUCAGGCCUAGCAAGACCAGAAAGUGCAAAGGAAGACCUCAGCUCGCUAUACAGCUACCACGUUCCAGUCAUGCCCAAUUCCGUUGCGCUGCCAAGAGGAAUAGUCACCGCCUGCAGGGCAAGAGCUGCAAGAUGCCUGUUGAUGUCCUGCUUGACAUGGGCACUGUCUUCCAAUACGCUGCUUCUAGACAGCUUUUGUGGAUCGCACGAGGUGCAGGCCAGGCGUGCUGAGCUCCGGACCACCAUGAAGGUGCGUGAGAGGCUGGGCAGUUUGUCCAGGCCCAAAUCGAAGAAUCAGAAGCCAGAUGAUUUGAAGGACGAGGUCAGACAGUUGAACUCCAGACUCAAGCAAGCUGGCUCCGAGGCAGAGUUGAUCGGCAUUUUGGAGGAGAAGGUGGAUGCCCCGUUCUUUGACCCCAUCCACGCAUCAACGGCCUUUCAUAAGCUAGCAACAUUCAAGCAGACCGAAGGUUCGCUGCCAAUUUGUGCGGUGAACCCGGCAUUUCUGAGGCUGAACGCUCGUAUGAAGGACUUUCUCAAACAAAAUCAAGUCAAGUCAUGGGCAUCUGCAAAUUUGCUUUGGGCCAUUGCAAUUCUUGGAAAUGAGCUUUCAAUUGUGGUAUCGCUUCUUCCGAACUUGGUCAAGUCUUUUGGAGCAAGGGCUAGCGGCAUGACUGAGCAGGAGUUGUCGAACUGCUUGUUGUCAGCGGCGCGGUUGAAAUUAAAGGGUGUAGCACCAGAGGAAGGAAUGAACAUUGCAGCUGUGCUUGCUGACAGAAUCCCAGGCAAAGCUGAUGGCAUGAACCCCCAAGAGUUGUCCAAUUGUUUGUGGGCGUCUGCAUACUUGAUAGAUGUGGCGCCUCAUGCUGUAGCAAAAAUCGCGCCGUCAAUUUGUGACCAAAUCCCAGGCAAGGUUAGUGACAUGAUUCCUCAACACUUGUCCAACUGCUUGUGGGCAGCAGUGCAGUUGAAGGAUGUGGCGCGUGAUGAUGCGGUCAAGAUCGUGCCAGCUUUGGCUUCUAGAAUCCCAGGCAAAGCUGCUGGCAUGAACCCCCAGGAGUUCUCCAACUGCUUGUGGGCAGCGGCUCGUCUGAAAGAUGUGGCUCCAGACGAUGUGAGAAAGAUUGUUUCAGCACUGGCUGGCCAGAUUGGAGUCGAUGAUGUUGUGAAUGGACAAGAUUUGUCCAACAACUUAUGGGCUUCAGCCCAGUUGCAGAAUCUGGCACCUGAUGACGUCUUAAAGUUAGUGCAGGCAAGCGUGGCCCACAUUGCAAGCAUUGCAGAUAGCAUGAAUCCUCAGCACCUGUCCAGCAGCUUGUUUGCAGCAGGCCAGCUGAAAGAUCUGGCACAAGAUGAUGCCGCACGGAUCCUAACUUCGGUAGCUGUCCAGCUUCCAGGCAAGGCGGGUGUUAUGAGCCCACAGGAAAUCGCCAACAGCUUGCAAGGACUUGUUCUUCUUCAGGAUGUGCCUAAGCAAGAGUACUCGAAAGAAGUUUCUGCUAGCAGAGACGCUUUCGUGCAACUGGCAGCCCACUGCAUCAGUGACAUGACCCCGACACUUCGUGGAAAGGACCUAGCUUUAACAGUGCCGGCUUGCAGCAGGUUCGGCCUGCCCUCGCAGCCGCUGCUGAGAGCCGUGGCCCGGCGCUUUGGAUCAAGUGCAGAGCUUUCCUCAUCGCAGCUCCCAGAUUGGGACCUUUGUGCCUUGACCUGGUCCUACCAGAUGUUGGAUGCAACUGGGCAGUUCAUAGACUUUCAGAAGGCCUUGCGAGUGGAAAUUGAACGGAGAGGGCUGUCGGAAUCAGAUGUGGAGCGCAGCAAGGAUGGGCACUAUGAGGGGUUUGCAGGUGACAAAUGA